CCUGGGAUUGAGGUUGGUGAUGAGUUCCAAUAUAGAAUGGAGCUGAACAUUCUCGGUAUGCAUAAACCGAGUCAAGGUGGUAUUGAUUAUAUGAAACACGGUGACGACAUAGUUGCUACUAGUAUUGUAGCCUCUGGAGGGUACGACGACUCUCUGGAUAACUCAGAUAUCUUGAUCUACACUGGUCAAGGCGGGAAUGUGAUGCAAGCAAAGAAAAGUGGACAGGAAUAUAAACCGCCCAAAGACCAAAAGCUUGUACAGGGGAACCUCGCAUUGAAAAACAGCUCAAUCAAGCAGACCCCUGUACGUGUCAUAAGGGGCAACCAAAAGGCAGCUUUAGAAUCAUCAGGUGGUGAUAAGAAAGGUGCACAUUAUGUUUAUGACGGAUUAUAUCUUGUGGAAGAGUAUUGGCGAGAACUCGGAUCUCACGGGAAGUUUGUCUUCAAGUUUAAGCUUAGGCGCAUGCCUGGACAGCCUGAGCUUUCAUGGAAAGUGGUGAAGAACUCAAAGAAUCUGAAAUACCGGGAAGGUCUGUGCAAACUUGACAUCUCAGAAGGGAAA